CCGCGUCCGCUCCCCAACCCCUCUCCGCGGGUCUUUGGGUCCUGGGUCAGGGUCUCGGCGUCCACGAUCCCCGGAAUCCCUCUUCGGCCCACCCCGGGGGACCACGAGGAGGGUGGGCUCCUUCCCGGUCCCUCUGCCUGGUCCACGCCGGGGCCGGGGUCGCGGGAUCUCGGUCUUUCCACGGCUUAGCUCACCAACCCUAUGGCAGGGCAGCGGCGGCAUGGAGGCGCGCUUCACGCGCGGGAAGUCGGCGCUGCUGGAGCGCGCGCUGGCCCGGCCGCGCACCGAGGUGAGCCUGAGCGCCUUCGCGCUCCUCUUCUCCGAGCUGGUGCAGCACUGCCAGAGCCGCGUCUUCUCUGUGGCGGAGCUGCAGGCUCGCCUGGCCGCGCUAGGCCGCCAGGUGGGCGCCCGCGUUCUGGAUGCGCUGGUGGCUCGCGAAAAGGGCGCCCGGCGCGAAACCAAGGUGCUGGGCGCCCUGCUCUUCGUUAAGGGCGCCGUGUGGAAGGCGCUCUUCGGCAAGGAGGCCGACAAGCUGGAGCAGGCCAAUGACGACGCCCGCACCUUUUACAUCAUCGAGCGGGAGCCGCUCAUCAACACCUACAUCUCCGUGCCCAAGGAGAACAGCACGCUCAACUGCGCCAGCUUCACGGCUGGCAUCGUGGAGGCGGUGCUCACGCACAGUGGCUUCCCCGCCAAGGUCACGGCGCACUGGCACAAGGGCACCACGCUCAUGAUCAAGUUCGAGGAGGCGGUCAUCGCCCGAGACCGGGCCCUGGAGGGCCGCUGAUUUCGCCCCCCCUCCCUCCGAUAAAGGAUGAAGAUAGCCCCCUU